AAAUCAGUCCAGCUCUCAACAACUUACAGCAAACCCUGAAGACUCUGUCAGUUCAGAAAGAGCUGCUAGACUCCAACCUCACUGCUGUGCGUGAUGACCUGCGUGGGAUACAGAGAGGUGACAUCGAUGGUGUGAUCAGUGGUGCAAGGAACAUGGUCAAGAAGGCCAAUGACAUCACAAGUGGGGUUCUGGAUGGGCUGAACCCCAUUCAGACCGAUCUGGGAAGAAUUAAGGACAGCUAUGGUAGCACACGGCGAGAGGACUUCAACAAGGCUCUGACAGAUGCCAAUAACUCAG